AUGGAGGGUCAAAGAGGGGUCACAGAGGGGUCACAGAGAGGUCAAAGAGAGGUCACAGAGGGGUCAAAGAGGGGUCACAGAGAGGUCACAGAGGGGUCACAGAGGGGUCACAGAGAGGGCAAAGAGGGGCAAAGAGGGGCACAGAGGGGUCACAGAGGGGUCACAAAGAGGUCAAAGAGGGGUCACAGAGGGGUCACAGAGGGGUCACAAAGGGGUCAAAGAAGGGUCACAGAGAGGUCACAAAGGGGUCACAGAGAGGUCACAGAGGGGUCAAAGAGGGGUCACAGAGAGGUCACAGAGAGGUCACAAAGGGGUCACAGAGGGGUCACAGAGGGGUCACAGAGAGGUCAAAGAGAGGUCACAGAGGGGUCACAGAGGGGUCACAGAGAGGGCAAAGAGGGGUCACAGAGGGGUCAGAGGGGUCAAAGGGUCAAAGAGGGGUCACAGAGAGGUCAAAGAGGGAUCACAGAGAGGUCACAGAGGGGUCACAGAGGGAUCACAGAGAAGUCAAAGAGAGGUCACACAGGGGUCACAGAGAGGUCAAAGAGAGGUCAAAGAGGGGUCACAGAGGGGUCAGGGGAUGUGAGAGAGGUCAAGGGGCGUGAGUGGGUGUGGGUGGGAUGA